UUUUUUGUGGUUAUGUUAGUUGGUUUUUGCUUUGCUUGUUACAAUUUGUAGGAGUUGGAACAUAUUUUACAUUCCUAUUAUCGUUAUAAAUCUUCAAUAACACUUAGCAUAAAAUAUUUAAUAUUUCUAAAAUGGAUAGUAACGAAGUCAAGUUGGAAUUUAAAAUAAAAGAAGAGUUGCUUCAGGAAAACUGUAAUACUGAAACUGAUUCAGUGAAGGAAUCUUUGGAUUCUAAAAUUCUCAAGCAUACCAAUUUUACAGAGAACGAACAAAUCAAAGAUGGUUUUGACUUAGACCAAAAAAUUAAAGAGGAAAAUACCGAAUGUGCCUCAGAAGAAAAUUACGUUGAUAGCCCAGAACUGGUAACUCUGGAUCCAGUCUUGAUUAAAUGUGAAACAGACCUAGUAGAAAAAGCAGAUAACAUUUUUUUUGAUGAUGUUAAGAAUGAAGCUGAGCUAAAAAGCAAUGAAAAUGGUACUGAAAAUGAUAUUCAAAGCUCCUCAGAAGAAUGUAAAACCGGUCUUGGAUCAGAUAAAGUCAUUCUGCAGGAUGAAAAGAAAUCCUCUAGCGAAGAAGCGCCAGGAGAGAAGUCAUAUGAAUGUAAAACCUGUAAGAAAUGUUUUGCAAACAGUACUCACUUGCUGAGGCAUUCUAGAACACACACCGGUGAAAAAACUUAUAAAUGUGAAGUCUGUUCCAAAUGUUUUUCAAAUCGUACUUCUUUCGGGAGGCAUUUCAAAAUCCAUAAGGGAAAAAAAUAUAAAUGUGAAACUUGUUCAAAACAUUUUUCCAGCAGCAGUAACUUGCUAAGGCAUUCUAGGACUCACACUGGGGAAAAACCUUAUAAAUGUGAAGUGUGUUUAAAAUUAUUUUUUGAAAGUUGUACUUUGAUGCAACAUUCCAGAGUUCACACAGGAGAGAGACCUUACGAAUGCAAAAUUUGCUCAAAGUCUUUCACCCACAGAAGUAAUUUGUCAAAGCAUUCGAGAGUUCAUACGGGAGAAAAACCUUAUAAAUGCAAAGUCUGUUCAAAACAGUUUUCCACCAGGGAUGUUCUGGCAACGCAUUCCAGACUUCAUACAGGGGAAAAACCGUUCAAAUGUGACGUUUGUUCAAAAUUGUUCAACAGUAAAUCUCAUUUGACGGGGCACUCUAGAAUUCACUCAGGGGAAAAACCUUACGAAUGCAUAGUCUGUUCAAAACGUUUUUCUGAGAUCAGUACCUUAACGAAUCAUUCCAGAAUUCAUACUGGGGAGAAACCUUUUCCAUGCGAAAUUUGUUCGAAAUCUUUCACUAACAGAAGUAACUAUGUAAACCAUGUCAGAAUACACACAGGUGAAAAACCUUACACAUGUAAGGUAUGUUCUAAAUCAUUUACCACUAGUUCUAUCUUGAAGUCACACUCCCUAAUUCAUAAAAGAGAAAACACCUCAGUAUAAGUUCUGUUUUGUCAGGCUCUAGACUGUCCAUAAAGAGGAAACCAGUGAAAUCGGUUCAGAAGAAAAGUCAUUCAGGUUCUGUGUAUUUCAUUAAGCCCUAGUUGAAUUGUUAACUCUAAUUUUUUCAGUACAACUGUCAAUUAAUUAAUUUUGAUUCAUUGUCAUGAAAAAACAUCUCUGCAUAAAUAUUCUAGAUAUUUACACAUUUAAAUGAUUAUUUUGUUUGAAUAAAUGUUUUGCAAGUUUGUCAUGUAGAGAAUGUCCAAGUAGUGCUACUGUUCGUAAAAUGAAACUCAGUAAACAUUUCAGAAUGUUAAAUAGGAAGUCUGUUCAGAAAAUAAGGUGGAUUUUUAAAUUUCGUAGGCUACGUACUUUCUUUUAGUGUAGAUUUUUUUUAAAUUUUACACUCGUUUCGAACUCAUGUUCAUAGUGUCAGGCGAGAGCAUUCAAGGACAUGCCUAAAAGGGCACAAGUUUAUUAUAUCUGAGGGGGAUACUUUGAAGAGGAAAAAUAGAAAUUGAUGAAUGAAUGAAUAUUUUUGG